AUGGUAUUCUUGGAACCUAAUUCAGAAUCUUUGGCACAGAUACAUGUAUUUUCUGAAGUGAUUAUUCUGGAUAAUGGAGUGGUGAGGCUAACUAUAUCAAAACCACAAGGACUAUUGACUGGCAUAAAAUAUGGAGGAAUGGGUAAUCUCCUAGAUAUCAAGUCAAAUGAAUUGAACAGAGGGUAUUGGGAUAUCAACUGGAGCUUGCCAGGAGGAGAGGAUAGAUAUCAGUUGCUUAGAGGAUCUGAGUAUAGUGUGAUUACUUUGAGCAAUGAUAAUGUGGAAGUUUCAUUUAAGAGUACUUAUGAUCCUUCAAUUCCCGGAACCAAACUGCCACUCACUGUUGACUUGAGAUACAUUGUGAGGAGUGGCAUCUCGGGUUUCUACUGCUACGCAAUAUGCGAGCGUCCUCCUGGAUGUCCUGCCUUUGAUCUUGCUCAAACAAGAAUGGCGUUUAAGUUGCGAAGAGAAAGGUUUCAUUACAUGGCAAUCACGGAUGAGAAACAGCGAAUAAUGCCAAUGCCAGAGGAUAUACUCCCGGAUAGGAGCAAACAGCUAAUUGUACCUGAAUCUGUUCUGCUUAUCAAUCCAAUUAAUCCAGACCUCAAAGGAGAGGCAAGUGAAAAUUUAUUUUAUCAUGUAGACGACAAAUACCAGUAUUCGAUGGAUAAUAAAGAUGGCGGAAUCCAUGGAUGGAUAAGCUCCCAUCCUAUCAUCGGUUUCUGGAUCAUCUUUCCGAGCCAUGAAUUUCGCAAUGGUGGACCUACUAAGCAAAAUCUCACCGCACAUACCGGUCCAGCUUGCCUCGCAAUGUUCCAUGGAACUCAUUAUAUUGGGAAUGAUAUUUUGGCUCACUUUGAAGAAGGUGAAACAUGGAGUAAAGUAUUCGGCCCCUUCUUUGUAUACCUGAAUUCGACCACGGAUAUGUCAAAAGCACACUAUUUAUGGAUAGACGCAAAGAAUCAGAGGUUAUUUGAAGAGUCAUUAUGGCCAUAUGAUUUUGUCUCUUCACCAUAUUAUCUUACUUCCAAGGAGCGCGGUUCAGCUACAGGCCGAAUGUUCGUCCAAGACAGAUUUGUCUCAAGUUCCCUAAUUCCCGCAAAGUCUGCAUAUAUUGGUCUAUCAGGUGCAAGAACUGAAGGAUCCUGGCAAACUGAAAGCAAGGAUUACCAAUUUUGGGUGCAGACAGAUUCAAAUGGAAAUUUUACAAUCAAGAAUAUUGUACCGGGAGUUUAUGGCCUUCAUGGCUGGGUUCCGGGUUUCAUUGGUGAUUAUUUGGGCAAAGAACUGGUGACCAUCUCUGCAGGAACGCAAACACAAUUAGGCAAUUUGAUCUAUGUACCCCCUAGAGAUGGUCCAACCAUAUGGGAGAUUGGGUUCCCAGAUCGUACUGCCAGUGACUUCUAUGUCCCUGAUGUGAACCCGAUGUAUGUCAACAAGUUGUUUCUUAACAGCCCAGAGAAGUUCAGACAAUACGGACUUUGGGAUAGAUACACAGACAUAUAUCCUGAAUCAGAUCAAGUUUUCACAGUAGGCAUCAGUGAUCCGAAGAAAGACUGGUUCUUUGCUCAUGUCGACAGGAGAAAUGCAGAUAACAAGUACGUUCCAACAACCUGGGAAAUCAAGUUUAACUUGAAAUCAGUAAUUGGAGGAAUUUACAAGUUGAGAUUGGCUAUUGCAUCAGCUAACCGUACUGACUUACAGGUGCAUGUGAACCAGAUGGAUAUCAAACACCUAGUAUUCCAAGUGCUGAAUUUAGGUGCAGAUAAUGCAGUUUGUCGACACGGUAUACAUGGACUCUAUCGACUUUUCAGUGUCAAUAUCUCCUCAUCGCUAUUUUUCGAAGGAGACAAUUGCAUUUUUCUUAACCAGGCCAGGGGUGGAGAUGCUCUUUGUGGUGUUCUUUAUGAUUAUGUAAGGCUUGAAGCUCCAGUGCCUUCAGAGGGUUCUUAG